AUGGCAUGGGGUCAGCCGCCAAAAGGCGCAGCAUCGACCUCGGCCCGCACCCAGCCAUCCAGCACGCAGACACUGGCCGCAUCCACCAUCCAGCGCCCCACGAUCCCGCGCCGCUCCAUCAAGGUCGUCCUCAUCGGCGACGGAGGCUGCGGAAAGACGAGCCUGCGCAAUCAGUUCCUCUCGGGCAAGUUUUCGCCAAACUACCGCGCCACCAUCGGCGCAGACUUUAUCACAAAGAGCCUGCCCGCCUACCAGCACGAGCCAGAGGGUGAGAGGGUGACCCUGCAGAUCUGGGACACGGCCGGACAGGAGCGCUUCCAGUCGCUCGGCAGCGCAUUUUACCGCGGCGCAGACGCCGUCAUCAUCGCCUUUGACCUGUCACAGGCCGAUGCCGCGGCAGCCACCCCGACGACCGAUGGCGCUUCGCCGGCGUCGUCGCUGGAUCGGAUCAAGGUUUGGUACGAUGCCUUCAUGGACAAGGCGCCCGGCCCGCGCACCGAGGCCGAGCGCAGGCGCUUCUGCUGGAUCUGCGUCGGCAACAAGUCGGAUAUCGUGCAGCGAUACAACCUGCCAGGCGUCGAGCGUGAGCAGGUGCGCGAGGUCCUCGACUCCCUCGUGCCUAGCCCGCCAGACCAGCCGGACUGGGGCCUGAAGCAGAGCCUCGACGACGACCGGCCUGAGCCACCGAACGGGGCGCGACCCACUGGCGCAAAGGAGCCUGCCAGCCCGGAGGAGGUGCUGCAGCGUCCCGAUCCGAACCGCAGCCGGCAGCAGCACAGCGAAGGAGACGCGCUCGGGCGCAAGGGCAAAGGCGACCGGCCCAGGACGUCGAGCGAGUCGAACAACGACCCUGAGACGCCCUACGGCACCUUUUCCACCAUCACCGGCCUUCCACCGGGACUCAACGUCACGAGAGGCGACCUUACCAUCCACCACAAAAAGGGGCAUCAGAAGCGACAAUCGAUUCGCAGCAUCGACGUCUUUCAGCCGCAGAGCCCCGAGGAAGAAGGGAGCGGCAGCGCUGGAGGUGGAGCUGGAGCCACAGCCAGCAGGCCGGGGAUCGGCCGCAGCAAGAGCACGGGCAGCGCCGUCUUUUCGCCCAGCACGCCGACCAGGGGCAGGGCAAAGGCUGAGGAUGCGAGGCAGCGCGUCGAUUCGACCAUGAGCAUCGGUGCGCCCAGCAUCUACCACACGCCGCGCAGCAGCGCCUUUUUCGGGACGAGCCCCUCGGUCGCGUCACAGCCCAGCACCGCCGGCGGCCGCUCGGCCAAAGUAUCGACCGGAUCUUCAGUCGAUACCCAAGCUACAGCGAGGACCGCCGGCGCCGAGACUGCGAAGGCGGCACCCACGACGGCGAUCAAGGAUGCCAAGCUCUCGACGUCGCCCGGCCCGCUGAGCUUCCUCGAAAAGGUCAAUACGCUCCAGUCGCCGCCCGGCCUCGACCGGGGGCGCCAGAACCCGAACAGGCUGGUGCCCGCCGCGUCGACGAGCAUCGGCAGCCAGCUCGUUGCACCCAACGGCCACGCCGGACCAUCGUCUGCGGGCAGUGGGCCGGAGCAAGGUCGGCGACCGGAGGGCGGCGAAGGCGGCCACGGCAUGGCGAAGCCCGGCAGCAGCAGCGGCGGCGAGGGCAGCUUCAACAAGGUCAAAGACGUCGUGCCCUCGGCCAGCGGCUCCUCGCUCGUCCCCUCUGGCGAUCCAAUCCCGUUUCCGAGCGGCGGCGAGAUCGACGACGACGACCUGCCGGCGGCGCAAGGGGUGUCCGGGGGGGCCGACGUCGACCUCGACGUCGUCGAUGAGACGGACGAGGACGAGCGCGGCGACGAUGCAGCAAGGUACUCGACGACGAGGGAGGCGUCACCCACGACAAGGUCUGCGCGCGAUUUGGAUGGCGAUGUAGGCGAUCGAGCCGGCGACAGGGCGACUUCCUACGGGCGACGUCCACGCACGACGGGGGGCGGCCAGGGCGCCGGCACCGCCGCGGCGACGGCAUCGGCACGACACGGCAGCAGCGGGGUCGAGGAAGGCUUCACGCUCUUCUACACGUCUGCCAAGACGGGCGAAAACGUGGAGCGCAUGUUUCGGCACGUUGUGGACCGCGUCGUGGCGAGAUGGGUCGACGAGGAAGCCGAGAUGCAGUCGGCCGCCGCCGGGGGCGAGGAGGGGGAAGGGCUAAUGGUGGCGCCGCCGAGCGAUCGGCAGAGGGAAGAGGAGCUGGUGAGGAGGGGCAUCCGGAUCGCGGCGGGUAAAGAUCCGAAUCCGAGGAGGGGUUGGAGGGCGUGCUGCACCUGA